CGGCGCCCGGGGGCCGGGCUGUAGCGGGGCUGCGGCCGAAGUGCGCGCCGGGGAGGCCGGACAUGGAGGUGGUGGACGAGACCGAGGCGCUGCAGCGCUUCUUCGAAGGCCAUGACAUCAACGGUGCCCUGGAGCCCUCCAACAUCGACACCAGCAUCCUGGAGGAGUACAUCAGCAAGGAGGACGCCUCCGACCUCUGCUUCCCUGACAUCUCUGCUCCAGCCAGUGCGGCCUCCUACCCCCAUGGGCAACCAGCGAUCCCCAGCUCCAGCGGGGUCCACCACCUGAGCCCCCCUGGGGCUGGACCCUCCCCAGGGCGCCAUGGUCCCCUCCCACCCCCUAGCUACUGCGCCCCACUCAACUGCAACAACAACAACGGCAUGGGCACCACUCCCAAGCCCUUCCUGGGGGGCUCUGGGCCCCCCAUCAAAGCAGAGCCCAAGGCUCCCUAUGCCCCAGGCACACUGCCGGACUCUCCCCCAGACUCGGGCUCUGAGGCCUACUCCCCCCAGCAGGUGAAUGACCCUCAUCUCCUGCGCACGAUAACCCCGGAGACCCUGUGUCACGUGGGAGUUCCUCCCGCCUACCCCGUCCUACAACGGGACCUGUACAUGAAGGCUGAGCCCCCGAUCCCCCCGUACGCGGCCAUGGGGCAGGGUCUGGUGCCCAGCGAGCUCCACCACGCCCAGCAAUCCCAGAUGCUGCACCAGCUGCUGCAGCAGCACGGAGCCGGAGCCGAGCUCCCCACACACCCCUCCAAGAAGAGGAAGCACUCCGAAUCACCCCCCAACACCCUCAAUGCCCAGAUGCUGAAUGGAAUGAUCAAACAGGAGCCUGGGACCGUGACAGCCCUGCCCCCACACCCUGCUCGAGCCCCGUCCCCACCCUGGGCUCCCCAGGGCUCACUCUCACCAGGCCCUGGCUCCUUGCCCCUCAGCAUCGCCCGGGUCCAGACGCCUCCUUGGCACCCACCAGGUGCCCCCUCACCAGGUCUCCUACAGGACAGUGACAGCCUCAGUGGCUCCUACCUGGAGCCCAACUACCAGUCCAUCAAGUGGCAGCCACAUCAGCAGAACAAGUGGGCAACGCUGUAUGACGCCAACUACAAGGAGCUACCUAUGCUCACCUACCGUGUGGACGCCGACAAGGGCUUCAACUUUUCGGUGGGCGAUGACGCUUUUGUGUGCCAGAAGAAGAACCACUUCCAGGUGACGGUGUACAUCGGCAUGCUUGGAGAGCCCAAGUUCGUCAAGACGCCCGAAGGCCUCAAGCCCCUCGACUGCUUCUAUCUGAAGCUGCACGGAGUGAAGCUGGAAGCCCUGAACCAGUCCAUUAACAUCGAGCAGUCGCAGUCAGACCGGAGCAAGCGGCCCUUCAACCCGGUUACGGUCAAUCUGCCCCCUGAGCAGGUCACGAAGGUGACUGUGGGACGGCUGCACUUCAGCGAGACUACCGCCAACAACAUGCGCAAGAAGGGCAAGCCCAACCCUGACCAGAGGUACUUCAUGCUGGUGGUGGCCCUCCAGGCCCACGCACAGAACCAAAACUACACACUGGCUGCCCAGAUCUCGGAGCGCAUCAUCGUGAGGGCCUCCAACCCAGGCCAGUUUGAGAGCGACAGCGACGUGCUGUGGCAGCGGGCACAGGUGCCCGACACAGUCUUCCACCACGGCCGCGUGGGCAUCAAUACGGACCGGCCCGACGAGGCGUUGGUUGUGCACGGCAAUGUCAAGGUCAUGGGCUCGCUCAUGCACCCCUCGGACCUGCGAGCCAAGGAGCACGUGCAGGAGGUGGACACCACGGAGCAGCUGAAGAGGAUUUCACGCAUGCGGCUGGUGCACUACAGAUACAAGCCUGAGUUCGCCGCCAGCGCAGGCAUCGAAGCUACCACGCCAGAGACAGGUGUCAUUGCUCAGGAAGUGAAGGAGAUCCUGCCCGAGGCUGUGAAGGACACGGGAGACAUGGUGUUUGCCAACGGGAAAACCAUAGAGAGCUUCCUGGUGGUGAACAAGGAGCGCAUUUUCAUGGAGAACGUGGGGGCCGUGAAGGAACUGUGUAAGCUGACAGACAACCUGGAGACGCGCAUCGACGAGCUGGAGCGCUGGAGCCACAAGCUGGCCAAGCUGCGGCGGCUUGACAGCCUCAAGUCCACCGGCAGCUCGGGCGCCUUCAGCCAUGCAGGGAGCCAGUUCAGCCGGGCAGGCAGCGUCCCCCAUAAGAAGAGGCCCCCCAAGGUGGCCAGCAAGUCGUCACCCGUGGUUCCAGACCAGGCCUGCAUCAGCCAGCGCUUCCUGCAGGGGACCAUCAUCGCCCUGGUAGUGGUCAUGGCCUUCAGUGUGGUGUCCAUGUCCACACUGUACGUGCUGAGCCUGCGUGCUGAGGAGGACCUGGUAGACACCGAUGGUUCUUUUGCCGUGUCCACUUCCUGUCUCCUGGCCCUGCUCCGGCCCCAGCACCCUGGGGGGAGCAAGGCCCUGUGCCCAUGGUCUAGUCAGAGCUUUGGGACCACUCAGCUCCGCCAGUCCCCUGUGACUACGGGGCUGCCAAGCACUCAGCCCUCUUUGCUGCUGGUUACCACUGGUCUGACCAGCUCGGCCCCAGGCCCAACUAUCCGCACCUUGGACCUGUGUUCCAGCCACCCCUGCCCUGUCAUCUGCUGCUCCUCACCCACCUCCAGUCCUACCACUGACUCUAGUCUUGGCCCCAGCUUUAAUCCUGGCCAUAGUCUCAGCCCCGUUCCCAGUCCCACCACCAACCGCUCAGGCCCCAGCCAGACAGCCCUGCUUCCAGUCACCAACAUCAGAGCCAAGUCCUGGGGCCUUUCACCCAACGGCAUUGGCCACUCCAAACAUCCCAAGAGCCUGGAGCCUUUGGCCAGCCCUGCAGUCCCCUUCCCUGGCAAAGCCAAGAACAGCCCCAGCCUCGGUUUCCAUGGCCGGGCCCGCCGAGGGGCCCCCCAACCCAGCCUGGGCCCUUCCCAGUCCACUCAGGCCCAGGGCCAGCCAGCCUCUCGCCUUGCAGACCCAGUGCCCUCCCUGACCUCCAUUCAGGUGCUGGAGAACUCGAUGCCCAUCACCUCCCAGUACUGUGCUCCACAGGAUGCCUGCAGGCCUGGAAACUUCACCUACCACAUCCCCAUCAGCAGCAGCACCCCACUGCACCUCAGCCUGACCCUGCAGAUGAACUCCUCCUCCCCCGUGUCUGUCAUGCUGUGCAGCCUGAUGUCAAAGGAGGAGCCGUGUGAGGAGGGGAGCUUCCCACAGAGUCUCCCCUCCCAUCAGGACACUCAGGGCACCUCUCACCAGUGGCCAGUGACCAUCCUGUCCUUCCGUGAAUUUACCUACCACUUCCGGGUGGCACUGCUGGGUCAGGCCAACUGCAGCUCAGAGCCCCUGGGCCAGGCAGCUACGGACUAUUACUUCCACUUCUACCGCCUGUGUGACUGAGCUGCCCUCCUGAGGUGGCACCAUGCCAGGGACCGGGGUCCCCAGAUGCCCCUUCCACACUGGACGUAAGAGUGUUACACUGGAGCCUGCUGCCGGCCAGCUCUCUGCCGCUCACUGGUGAAACUGGAAGUCCUCACACUGGAGUUGCUGUUCCUGCUGGCCGCCCCUCCCACUGCACAGAGGGGGCCAGAGACAGAAAUGUCCUGGGCCUUCCUGCCUGUCACCUCCUUGGGGCCAGGACAGGCCCUACUGCCAUCGGUCCAGAUGGUGGUUGGAGGGCUGGCUUCAGGAGCCCUGGAGGCAAGAGGAAGCCCAGGACCCUGCCGUAUCCAAGCCCACUCUCCUUUGCCCCCUUUUGAGAAUGGGAGCUAUCCCUCUUGGAGAGAGGACUUGCCUGCCUUCAAGAUUAGCCAGGAGUGUGGAUCCGACCCUGAGAGACUUGGCUGGACCCCCACUAUCAAUAGAAGGCAGAGAGUUCUCACCCUCGAAGCUGCCCCAGGGGAUGGCUUAGAGGUGGAUUUUCUGGGUUGAACUGUUACGCUGGAGUGGGAUUCCAGAGCUUUAAGUGUGGCCCAGGAGGUUUCUUCUCCCAGAGAGCUUGGGUCCCAAGAACUCCCAGGGCAGCCAAGGCCACCCUGAAUGGGUUAAUCUGACUUUGUGCCUUAAGUUCACUUCGUGCCGGCGUUAAGGAGGCCAGUUUGCCAGGUACGCCUUGGACCCUUGAAUCUGGAGUAUCCCAGAAGGGGGAAGCUCCCAACAGGCUUGUGUCCCAGGGACUUCCAGAGCUCACAGGGUAACUGGAGACCCAUCAUUCUCUCUGAGCAGAGGAGCAGGCAUCCCUGCACACGGCAGGCCGGUCUUGGCUGAUGGGUGGAUGCAGAUAGCUUUUGCUGUUAUUAAUGAAGUAAUUACUAAAUGCACUUAAACCAGGGCAAGCAGCAGCUAGAAAAGCCCAGACUGGGCCAGAGCCCUGGGGUAGUACUUGCAAAGGCAGGGCCAUGCCUCUGAUCCCAGCCAAGGGGCCUCAGAGAUGCCCGUCCUGCUCCCAGCCUCCAAGAUUGGCCCCUCUCUCUACUCAUUUGCUUGUGGCCUUGUCCCCCUAAAUCAAAGGUCCCCCUGCUGGGGCUGUAUCAACUGGAGGGACUCCUGUUUGGUAGGUCCCAUCUCUGCCCCACCACCCAGGAACAAAGUGAUGGGCUGGGAAUACAGUUUUCUCUUGAGUGCCAACUUCAGUGUUUCUUAACGGUGCCUGGAGCUUGGGGAGGCCACAUCCAGGCUCAUGGGAGUGUGGCAGUCACCCAGCCAUGCCCGCCUGGGCUCAGAAGCGGGAAAGGGGAACUGCCAUCCUUGUCCUGUGGCCUUCUGCCACCGCGUGGGAAACCAGGCCUUGCUCCUGUCCUACCUUUCAUUCUUAGCUUUGAAUGGGAGGCCUUCCUGUGGGGAAGCCGGAUUCUUGAAGAAGCCUUUGAACUAUGGGCCGUCUUCUGCUAUGGAUCUCAAAGCACUUAUCCUCAGGACAGGGAAACACCAAGGGGACUUGGGGAUACAGGGAUACCUUGCCAUCCCAGGUGGCUCCACUCCCUCAUUCUGACAUAGGAAUUGUAUGACUCCCAUACCAUGGAGGGGGGGGUCGAUCCUUACUUAGGACUACUCUGUUCUCCCUCCUCUCACUGGGGGAACCCUCCCUAUAAUGCAUUAAAACUGCCAAGCCUUGCCCCUUCUAUAAUAGGAUUCUAGGGCUUUCUCAGUGGGUGUGUGUUCUUGGACUGCGGUCCUUAGGUCCUUAACUGGAAAGUGACCCUCCGCUGCCCCCUGGAGCCCAUCUGGACACAGCAUAUCCCCAACCUCCUUAGCGGCUGGCUGUUUCCAUGCCUGGGGAGGGAGUCCUCAGUGCAGGAGUUGGGCCAAGCUGGAGCGCCAAGCUGCUCGAGGGGGUCAACCUUGGACCAAAGCUGCCUUAGCCCAAGGUAAAAGGGCUUCUGGGAAGGUGAGUGGGCCACCUGCUGGAGGCUGGGAGCUGCUAGCUGGUACUGUGUGGGCAUCUCAGCUCCAUCCCUUGCCCGGGGUCCAGCAGCCUUCCCUCCCUCCCUCUCCCCUUUAGCCACUGGGCUAAUCUCCCCCUAGCUUCAAGCUGUACAUAGGCCUCCCGGUGCAAACCCUCUGCCCACGCUGUACCCCCUAGAAGCCUGCGUGUGCAUAGAGUGCCCCUCCUCCCAGUUAACUCCCAGCUCCUCCCCCUGAGCUUUGGCUCAUAUUUAUCGUGUAUGACUCUGACAGAGGUGGGCAGAGAGGGAAGCAGUCCCGGUCUGCUUGCUCCCUGUCUGUCAAACUGUUCUUUCCUUCUGAAGUAAAUAUACGUAUAUAAAUAAAUGUAUAAAUACUGCUUUGUAUCUGA